AUGUUGGAGAAUCAAUCUAGUGCCACUGAAUUUUAUCUCCUUGGCUUCCCUGGCUCCGAAGAACUACACCAUGUCCUUUUUGCUAUCUUCUUCUUCCUCUACUUAGUGACAUUAAUGGGAAACACAGUCAUCAUCAUGAUUGUCUCUGUUGAUAAACGUCUGCGGUCCCCCAUGUAUUUCUUCCUUGGACACCUUUCUGUCCUGGAGAUCCUGGUCACAACCAUAACUGUCCCCAUGAUGCUUUGGGGAUUGCUGCUCCCUGGGAUGCAGACAAUAUCUUUGAGUACGUGCAUUGCCCAGCUCUUCCUGUACCUCGCUGUGGGGACGACAGAGUUUGCAUUACUUGGAGCGAUGGCUGUGGACCGUUAUGUGGCCAUCUGUAACCCUUUAAGAUACGACAUCAUUAUGAACAACCGCACCUGCAACUUGGUAGUAAUCGUGUCAUGGGUGUUUGGGUUCCUUUUUCAGAUUUGGCCAGUUUACGCCACAUUUCAGCUCACUUACUGCAAAUCAAAUGUUGUAGACAAUUUUUUCUGUGACCGAGGGCAAUUGCUCAAACUAUCCUGCAAUGAUACUCUUUUCACAGAGUUUAUCCUCUUCUUAAUGGCUGUUUUUGUUCUCUUUGGUUCUUUGAUCCCUACCAUUGUCUCCUACACCUACAUCAUCUCCACCAUCCUCAGGAUCCCCGCGGCCUCUGGCCGGAGGAAAGCCUUCUCCACCUGCGCCUCCCACUGCACCUGUGUCGUGAUCGGCUACGGCAGCUGCUUGUUCCUCUACGUGAGACCCAAGCAAACGCAGGCAGCCGAGUACAACAGGGCAGUGUCCCUGAUGGUUUCUGUAGUGACCCCUUUUCUGAACCCUUUCAUCUUCACCCUCCUGAAUGACAAAGUUAUAGAGGCCCUUCGGGAUGGAGUGAAACGCUGCUGUCAGUUAUUCAGAAACUAG